UGAAGACAGCAAGUGGAGCGGUGGGUGUUGGGUAACGAGGCUGGGCAGCACCGGGUGACUCGUCUCUAUAACCAUAUUACACCUCUCAUAACCACUAUGGCCACCUUGAUCGAGCUAACAGAUAGGGACAGUGGUGUAGCGAGCAGCGAGGCUACACCAGAGAGCCAGGUUGUUAGUCCCACAGCUCAGGAGGAGGCGGCGAAGGUGGUGGGGGAGGCCGUGGAGGCUGCAGCUGCCAAGGUGUCGUCUGCUGCCACUACAGACGAGGCUGACGGCCCGGGUGUUAUAGCCAGAGUCCUUCCUGACGACGAUGAUGAGGAUGUAGAUGAAAGCCUGGGGGAGAGACUGUGGGGUUUAACAGAGAUGUUUCCAGACCGUCUUCGUACAACCAGUGUUAAUGCUGUGUCCUCCUCUGUAAGCUUCAUGAAAAGUACCUAUGAACUGACAAGACAAGUUGUAUGGAUAGCAGUGAGUACCUCGGUUAUCCUGUUUGCUCCUGUCAUGUUUGAGCUAGAACGGCUCAACGUGGAGGAGAUGAUGAAGCAAGAUCGGAAUAGGCUUGUAUUGGGUCCUGGAUCAGCCAUGUCCGGGCCUCCUGUUGCUCCCGGUCUUAUGCCUCCUCCUCCAACACGAUAAUCAUCUUGCUUGUUUACCUCGAGCUCCACCGGUUUCAUCUCUUUUUUAAUUAUUGUACAAUAUAUCUGCAAAGAUAUCCAUAGUUGUUACUUUUUAUCAAGUAACUUCGUAUGGCUGUUUAAGUAUGAUUAACUUGUGUGAAAUAAUGGAGAAAAUAUACAGUUUGACUGUUUCAUUCCUGACCUGACCGUAGGCAACAUUAAGAUGUGAAAGGUGCUCAGGGUUAUUGCAUGUCAUUUUAUGCAUUGAUAGUGAAAUAGUUUGGGGGUAAAAAAAAUGUGCAUAUGGAUUUAAAAAAUUUUUUUUAUAAUUAUUUAAUAUUUUCUGGUUUAUUGAGUAAGUGGAAAAUACAGUACUCAUACUUUGUUCAUAGAUGAAAUUGUAUUUAGAUGUAUGACUGUAAUAACACUGGGAUGGUUCUCAGAGAGUGUAAGUAGAUCACCUACAGUCAUAUCAGUUGUGUACAUACAGUACUGGAUGAACUACUACACUGUACAAUGCAGUGGCGUGUACUAUAUUCUUAAGAAGCAAGGUGAGCAUUGCUUUCCUUAUAAAAAUUCUUCUCUUCAAAUUUAAAAUACAUUAUCUCUUUGUUUAGUUAAAGUAUUAUUUAUUUGUGUAUAGCAUUCUUCAUUUAAGUCUCAUUGAAUUUAAACCUGCUGUAAUAGGAGUCCAGAAUUGAGAAACUUGCAAGACAGGAGCGUUUGCCACUUGAAAAUCAGUCCCUCAAAUACGCAACAUUCAAUUUGCAGUAGCCUCUUACAGGGUAAAAUGGUAUGCCACUACCAGACAUAAGAUGAAAACUAUUAAUUCAAAUUAUAUUAAUCCUUUUUUUUUUCUCUCCUUCAAAAUCCAUGUAAAUAAGAUACAGAUCAAUUCUAAUAUGCUGUGAAAAGCAUUCUGAUGCUGGAAUUUCCCCUCAAUAAAUAUUUGUAGUUAUCAAAGUAGAAUUUCUUUUCUUAGAGAUUUGGGCAACAGAAGCACAGCAAACUCCUGGUUGUCCCUCCCCUACAACUACCACCUACAUCAUUGUACCAGAUCAAUCAUAAAUUCAUAACUGCAGAUAUAUAAGUAAGAUUUUGUUUUUAUAAUUAAAAUUCUUUUAGAAUAAUAUAGAUACUGUAUUUCAUUUUACCAAUGUGAUAACCCGUGCAAAAUAAUUUACUUCUUGGUGGAAUAAAUCCGAAUUAAGGCAUAAUGUACCGAAUGUUGCUAAUUGUCUAACAAGAACUUUAUUCAAAUGCCUCAUUAGUGUCAUAAAUAAAGGCUAAAGAUGAACAAAAAAUAACUAGUAACUACUUCACCUUGAUAUGUUUCACAGUUUACUAGACUCCUAGUACUUGGUAGUAUAAUGUCAUUAACAGUGUCAUCUCCUUGCCCUAACAUUUUUUCCACAACACGCCACUGAUACAAGUACUGUAGUAAAUGUUCAGGUUAAUUGAGCUGAAUGUGCAGUUAUGAUAAUGUGUACAUAUGUGAAUAUGGCUAAAGCUAUUUUAAGUUGUUAAUGAAUUAAAAGAUACUACUUGUUUUGUAACUGUCAGUACGUAAUGAGCAUUAAAGUAUGUAGAUAUUGUAAUCUCUGGUUUGUUUGUGCAGUACAGUACUGUACAGUCAUCAGUGUGAAGUAGAUGAUUGUGAUCUUAUGCUGGUUCAUCAAGUCUGGCCACAAAGCAGCUAAACAAAUUUUGGCUAGUGUGUAACAUAGGUGUAUACAGAGCUACUGUACUCAUUUUGUAUUGUUGUUUAUUAUGGUUGAAAAUAUAUGAACAGUUAUGUUGUCAAUUGUUCUACCAUUGACCAACUAGUCUGUCUUUUAAAAAUAGAAAAUUUUUUUAAA